AUGAAAAGAGGGAGGAAACCACGACCAAUUCCAACUUCUGUCAUUAACAAGAAGAAGGAAAAGGAGAGAAUAGAAGAAUUAUAUUAUGCAGAGAGAAAACGACUUUAUGCCGGAGAAGAAGAAUUUAUGAACACUUAUCACCCAUUCGAAGAAUCUAAAAAAGGCUGCGGGAAGAAAUCAUCGCCAUUACAGAAAGCAAUCAUUUUCUGCAUGAAACAAAAUAACGGGGCCGCUACAGAAGAACAAUUGCUAGAAUUUGUACGUAAUAAGUGGGAUAUUAUCAUGAAAUACACUCCACGAGGUUUUUCGAUGGAACCAUCAUUACGCGUUAUUCGUCUAAAUCUCGUUGUGCGAAAAAAAGCUCGACAUCUUUUUUUGAAAGAUCCAAAAAACAAGGAUUUAUGGAUGCUUAACUCAAACUUGCGAAAGAUACCUGUCAAAAGAACCCUAUUCAAAAGUUCUGCUGAAGAAAUCCCUGAAGAAAAUAUCGAAAAUUUAGCAUCUGAUUCUGGAAAUUAUAGCGACUCAGAACCAGACUCUAUGUAUGGAAGUUAUAUCAUGAAUCACGAUACAUUUGAAAGACAUGUUGAAGACUUUAUGAGAUCAAUUCAAACUAGCGUUAAAAUCGAAGAAAUUGCAAAUUCAUUAUCUAAAUAUAAAGAAAAACAGGGUUUAUUCCAAUGUUUGCCCUUCGAAAGAAGAAUUAGAGCUUGUCUAGUAGUCCUCAAAAGCGAAGGACGUGUAUUUUUCGAUGAAUUAACGAAUACUUGGAGCAAUCAGAAACCACCCACAAAAAUUGAGAAGCCGUCAGAAAAUCGUUAUCUUCUGACGGACGUAAAAAUCCAAAAUCUAACUAUUGAUGAGCUAUAUGAAAUGGUUAAGAAUAAAUGUUUUGUAAAGUAA